AUGGCGGCCUUUGACGACAUCAAGGUCGGCGAUAUCGUCAACGUGCCUGGUGGCAUGUACGGCACCGUCAAAUACCUCGGAACCGUCGCGGGCAAGCCUGGUCGCUUCGCCGGCAUUGAAUUGGGUCCUGAACAUUCGCAACGAGGCAAGAAUAGCGGUGAUGUGGAAGGACGAAAGUACUUUGCAACCUCCGUCCCUGGCUCGGGAAUCUUCGUGCCCAUGAACAACAGCAAAUAUGUCACGCGGAGAUCUGGAUCUUCAUCGGGGAACACCUUCGCCGUGCCUACUACUCCUGGACGACCCCCGCCAAACUUCAGCAAAUCAGUUGGCCCAAGCCCAUCGAUGGCUCGUCCUCGAAUCCGCCGACCGUCUCUGCCUCGCCCCGAGUCUCCGCGCACCUCCGUCUCUCCCCCGAAACUCAGCCUUGGUGGCCUGCGUACACCCUCCGCAGCCUCCAGGACCUCUGCCAUCAAUGGAUAUCCACGAAGCCCAAUCAAGGCGCCCUCCCGAUUGUCUGAUCGACCACCUUCACGAAUCAGCUUGGAUGAUGACAAUGCCUCGUCGUACGGCAGGCCUUCAGACUUCCACCGGCCGUCGUCCGCGGAAACACAGGAAUUGAAGGACCAGAUCAAGAGCUUGGAGAAGCAAUUACUCGACCGGGAUAAGCAGCUGGAUGAGCAAGCAAAGACGCUCAGCGAUUUUCAUAAGACAAUGGAGGAACUAGAAGGGCCCGAUGCACUGAAUAUUCGCACGCAGCUACGUGAAAGGAAUGAACGGAUCGCCCAAUUGACUGCCGAGUUUGACGGUCAUCGAGCAGACUUCAGGAGUACCCUGGAUACCUUGGAGAUUGCCGCAUCCGAGACGGAGCGGGUCUAUGAACAGCGGCUGGACGAGCUCAUGCAGCAAAACAACGAGUUGCAGAACCGCGGUGAAGAUGUCGAGAUUGUGGCACAGCAGCUCAAGCAGCUGGAAGAGCUGGUCUCGGAGUUGGAAGAAGGCCUCGAGGAUGCAAGGCGGGGCGAGGCCGAGGCAAGGGCCGAGGUCGAAUUCCUCCGCGGCGAGGUGGAACGGACCAAGUUGGAACUGAAGAAGGAGCGGGAUCAGUCAGCGACUGCUCUCAAGCAUGCCCAUUCUGCAGACGGCUCUCGAGGCUCACACGAGCUGGAACAGAAGGAUGAUGAGAUCCGUGGACUCAAGGCUAUCAUCCAUUCCUUGAGCCGGGGCCACCCGAACGCUGCUGGCCUAGGCGAGAACGGCUCCGCCGAAACCUACAAAGAUCAGACUGAGCAGCUUUCUCAGCUAGAGCAACGUCUGCAGGAAAUUGAGGGAACUACCCAGUCUAAGGACACUCGCAUUGAGGAACUGGAACGGGAACUGCAGGAAUUGCGAGUCAGUGGUGGUCGUAACCGUAGCUCUACGGUGACCCUCUCGCCAAAGCAGCAGCACAAGCCUUCAAACUCUUCGGGCAACAUUUCCGUGAACCACAACAUCAACCAUGCUCACCGUCUCUCUGACCGCACCGUGGUCCCGAAUGACUGGCAUGACCUGCCGAUCAACGAGCAGCGACAACACCACCGCGGCUUCUCCAAUUCCUCCCAGCCCCGCUUGGAGCCCAUGCCCGAGUCGGAGCGCUCUUCAGAUGACGACGCCUUGUGGUGUGAAAUUUGCGAGACUGGCGGUCACGAUAUUUUGAACUGCACCAGCAUGUUUGGCUCCGGAGCCAACAAGGAAAAGACCCCCGCAGCACCAGUGGAACAGCCCACUGAAGCACCGACCGAGGAUCAUGCGCCAUUGAACCACACUGCUUCUACCGACAGCCACACGGAUAGCGUGCCCUCCCAGAAGACUGGCCGCGACGUUGUGAUCGAGGGUCUGAAGGGCAUUGGCGGCCUGGGUUCAUCCAUGGCCCCUAUCGCUGGCAAGACAUCCGGAGUCAUUGACGAGUCAAAGUGGUGUGCUCUCUGCGAACGAGAUGGCCAUGAGAGUAUUGAUUGUCCUUUUGAUGAAUAA